CGGGUCAGAGGUCAGACGGUACGACGCAGCUUGGGUCAUGGUGCAGCUCCGGCCGCGCGCGUCUCGUGCCCCGGCGUCGGCGUCUGCGAUGGUGGACGAGGGCCAGCCCGCCUCGGAGGAGGAGGCGGAGCACGGCCUGUUGCUCGGGCAGCCCAGCAGCGGCGCGGCCGCCGAGCCGCUGGAGGAAGACGAGGAAGGAGACGAUGAGGACGACGAGGCCCCGGAGGAGCUGACUUUCGCCAGCGCCCAGGCGGAAGCGAAAGAAGAGGAGCGGCGAGUUCGGGACACCGUGCGCAGGGAUAAAACGCUUCUGAAGGAGAAGAGGAAGCGACGUGAGGAGCUGUUCAUCGAACAAAAGAAAAGGAAACUCCUUCCAGAUACUAUUCUAGAGAAGUUAACUACAGCUUCACAAACUAAUCUAAAGAAAUCACCCGGAAAGUUGAAAGAAGUUAAUUUGAAGAAGAAAAAUGAAGACUUUGAGAAAGGAAGUGACUCCAAGAAAGCUAAUGUGCAGAAAGUACAGACUGUUGGCCAGAAUAAAAGCUACUUGGCUCUAAGGCUUAAAGACCAAGAUUUGAGAGAUUCAAGGCAACAAGCAGCCAAAGCCUUCAUACAGAAUUGCUUAUAUGGUCCAGGAACCAACAGAACUACUGUAAACAAGUUCCUGUCUCUUGAGAACAAAAGGUUACCGGUGAAAAAGGCUGCAGCCCAGUUUUUGAACCAUGCCUGGGGAUCUCAGAAAAAGCAAAAUGCCAAGAGGUUUAAAAGACGUUGGAUGGUCAGAAAGAUGAAAGCUUCUAAGAAGUAAAUCAAAGCUAAAUUUAGAACGAGUACUUUGUAUGUACAGAACUUAGUUAUUUAAAGGAUUUCAUUUUUCUAAAAAAAAUUAAUAAAUCAUUUAUAAGUCAUUUUAAA